AAGAUCAAAUGGUUCAAUUCACGAAUGACCGCUCAAUUUCGCGAAGACACGCUACAAGACUUCGUGAAGGGGGAAAUAUAUGAAUUAUACUCAACUGAUUCAUUCGGCAUGGUGAGAAGCAUGGUAUCAUGGUACAAAUAUCAAAAUCAGAGCUGA